UUGAGGUUUAUGGCAAGGAGGGCCGCAAGGCUAUUCCCGGGCCAUGGCGCGCGGAGAAUGUCCACCUCCACGCUCGCGUUCGAGGAGAUGGAAGACAAUGCAGCGCAUUCCAAGGAGAAAACGGUGAUGUUCCUGCACGGGUUGCUAGGGUCUGCCAGGAACUGGCGGGGAUUCGCCAAGCGGCUCCAGUAUGCGAUCGAUCCAGCUUGGAGAAUUGUGAUGGUUGAUCUUAGAAAUCAUGGCCAAUCCGGCGAGCUGGAACUAUCACCCCCUCACGACAUCCCUGCGGCAGCUAGGGACGUAGCAGAUCUCAUCAGAGCUCGUCCAGAGCUCCAUCCCGACGUGCUGGUUGGGCAUUCCAUGGGAGGGAAAGUAACGCUAGAAUUUGCGAAGUCCUCCAUGGAGAGAAAGUAUGGAAGCAUGACCGUGCCUAGACAAUUAUGGGUUCUUGAUUCUGUCGUUGGUGAAGUCCCAAUAAAAAACGAAGAAGGCGAGGUGGAAAGAGUGUUGGAAACCAUCAGAACUUUGCCUCAAGUCAUACCAUCACGCAGAUGGCUUGUGGAGCGGAUGCAAGAGCUAGGAUUCUCGAAAGGCCUCGCCAAUUGGCUGGGCAGUAACUUAAAAGCAAUAUCACCCGGCAGCGAGGAGUCAAAAUGGGUGUUUAACUUCGACGGCGCGUACUCGAUGUUCACGUCUUACAGGAAAAUGGAUUACUGGUCUCUCCUGGAAAAUCCCCCAGCUGGGAGUGAUAUUGGCAUCGUCAGGGCGGGCAGGAGCGAUCGAUGGACUCCUGAGAUCAUUGCUCGUCUGGAAGAACUCUCGAGAGCGGCUCCAGAAGAUGGUAGAAGGGGCAGUGUUACGUAUCGUGUAUUGGAGAAUGCUGGUCACUGGGUCCAUGCCGAUAAUCCCGAAGGCUUAUUGGAGCUUCUACUACCAUCUUUCCAGUCCUGAGGGUAAAGAUCAAGGUGAAGACCCUGAGCGAGGUAGAGUUUUGCAUACUGCUUACGUUCUUAUACAGAUAGUCAAAAACAAUUUUUUCGAUC